CACCAGAGGCUCCUUCCACCUCUCAGUUCCCGGCCGCGCAACCUCUGGUCCGUGGCGCCGGUGAAGGGGGCUGAAUCUUUCGAGCCCGGGUUCAUAGUGUGUGGGGGAGGGGGCGUCCGGGGACAGCAGCUACCGUUGGUUUGGUCUGGACCCGUGGCCGGGAGCAGGGACACUGGGUGGGACAAUGCGGACUCUGCUGCAGCUGGCAAGAUGGGGCCUCUUGGGCCGUAGCCCCUCUCUGGUCCAGACCGCGAGGAGCCUCCACUGUGGGGUCUCUAGCUGGAUCCAUGUGAAGUUGCCCCCUGAACCUAAAGAGGUUGAUCGCUGGACAGAGAAACGAGCCUUAUUUGGGGUCUAUGAUAAUAUAGGAAUUCUAGGAGACUUCCAGGUUCACCCCAAGGACUUGAUCACAGGGCCCAGGUGGCUGCGAGGCUGGCGGGGAAAUGAGCUACAGAGAUGCAUCCGCAAGAAGCAAAUUGUAGGUCACCGAAUGUUUGAUCAGGAUUACAAGAACCUUAACAAAAGGAUCAGGUUCCUGUACAGACGUUUCAACCGCACUGGAAAGCACCGCUAGGAGCAGACCUGUGAGAGCUAGCCAUGUGCCUCCUGGAAGGAAUGGCAUCCUGGGUGUAACAGGUUUAGCACCUGGAGCUGUGCACAGAUUGGGGUGUUGUAAAAUCGUAAUAAACUGAGUUUCUCUUCUACAACCACCUUCUACCUCUGAUCCCACUUGAAGCUCAGUUCCAACCCACAGACCCUCCUGCUUGUCCAGUCCUGAGCUCCCUUUGCACACCUUUCCUGAUUAUUCCUUCUCCUCCACCACCCUUAAAUUUAUCUUCUUACUGCUUCCCUUAGUUUUCAUCCCCAUAUUGCUCUAUUGCAACCCCUCCCUGUAGUAUCUGGUUUCCAGCUUCAUAGUUUGUCACACCAAUCUUAAUAUUGAAAUGACACAAAACAUUAAAUGUUUUCAAUUAUCAGCACUCGGACAAUCUUGAUUCCAUUUUAUAAUUCUCCCAAAGAGUUGCAAGUCUCUUUUGUAUUCUCCUUCUCCACUAAUUCCCCAUCUGCUACAGCUCACGGUUUAGUCAUCUGUCUGUCCUACAAAACCCUCCAAUAAAUUGUGACUUGAGUAAUGCUGAAGUUACCUUAACAACCCAGAA